AUGACCCGGCGCAGCAGCCAGGAGCACAACAGUCCUCUCUAACAAAUGAAAGGAUGGGGGGCAUCAGCAGCAGCUGAAUUCAGAAAAACUGGAUCAGGGGGCGAGGGGGGAGAACUGCUUUCUGCUCACUUUUGGGUCACUUUUGUCGGAUUUAUUCCCCGGUCCACACCAACAUGCCAUUUGCCAAACGAGUCGUGGAACCCCAGUUGCUUUGCAGGUAUCAAAUCCCAAACGAGGAGGGUCUGCUUUUCGAGGAUCUGGUCUCCAUCAGUAAUGUGGCUCUAUCUCGGACCUUGCGGCAGCUGUCGGACCUGGCCAGACAUGCCUGCUCCAUAUUCCAGGAGCUGGAAAACGACCUCACAUCCACCAACCAGCGGGUCAGGGGUCUGCAGAGCAAGAUCAGCCGACUUCAGCAGACCUGCUCCGAGCUGGACCCCAAACAGGAGGCAGUGCCGGUGUCUAACCUGGAUGUGGAGAGUAAGCUGACAGCACAUUACCAAGCUCCCUGGCACCAGCAGAGGAACGUUUUCCACCCCUCCACACGGCCAGCAUGUGUAGAAGAGCUCCACAGGCAAGCCAACCUCAGCCUGUGGGCCCUGCACCAAGACCAGCAGCGGAGACGAUCAGGCAACAGGGAGCGGAGAGUAACCAUCGUGAUCUCGGCGGUGCCCCCGAUGCCCAUGUACCCCUCCCCACACAUCGUCCAGGGGCAAGACAAGAGAGGCAUAAAUCUGACAUCGUUCGAAUCCACCCGCUCCUCCUCCCCUACCGAAUGUUGCCGCUUCUCUCCCUGGAGCAGAAAGGCUGCGCCCUCUGACCCCGACACUGACGGGGUGGCUCUAGGUCACCGGUCUAAGUUUCCCAUCCCUAAUAUCCCCUCCACCCUGGACAAGCAGACUAACUGGUCUAAAGCCCUGCCGCUGCCCACCCCAGAGGAAAGAAUGAAAAACAGUUCCCAAGUCAUCAACUCAUGUGUCAUCCCCAUUAACGUGACUGGGGUUGGCUUUGACAGAGAUGCUAGUGUGCGCUGCUCGCUCGUCCACUCGCAGUCUGUGCUUCAGAGGAGGAGGAAGCUGAGGAGACGGAGGACUGUCGCCGGCGUUCCCAGACAGGUGCAGCAGGAUUUAGACUCUGAUGAUUCUCCUGGCUCCAGAGAGCGGACAGUGAUAGUUCAUGCCAGUCCCAAUAUCUCUCCCUCUAAUGAGGAACUGGCCAGCCAUCUCAGCACCAGAGACUCAGGUUGCCAAACAGAAGACUUUUUGAUCUCAGGCGCGCCAUCUCGGAGGAGGAUCAGGGCCCAGAGAGGCCAGGGAGUCUCCCUCUCCCUUUCGCACUCUGCAGGCAACAUCUUGUGCCUGCCGGACAGUGCUGACGCCAUGUUUACCACCUCUUUGGGCGCACGUCUGCGCUCCCGGAGUCUGCCCCGAGACGGCAACCGGAUGAUAGACAACGGGCAUAAUGACAGCGACGAUGAGGAGGAAGAGCUUUCCCCGUUUGACGCUGAGGACUUCCUGCCAGGCCCCGGGGAGUUAAUUCUGAAGGAUGAAGAAGAGAGCAUGGAUGACCAGGCCAUGUCUGAGCACCAGCUGGGCCUGAAAUACAAGCAGCUCUCAGAGAGUCCAGAGCGCAGCUGGAUGGAGAGGACCAGAUCUCAGCUUCCCAGGAAGGCCGACAUGGGCAGCUGUGAGAUCUCAUCCAGUUCAGACACCUUCAGUAGCCCUGUCCACUCUGUCUCAGUCGCAGGGGUUCUGGGAGGCCAGAUGGACCAUAAAGACGACCACCAGUCCUCAAGUGGGAACUGGAGCGGGAGCAGCUCCACGUGCCCCUCUCAGACCUCAGAAACUAUCCCCCCAGCAGCCUCUCCGCCACUGACGGGCUCCUCGCACUGUGACUCUGAGCUCUCCCUAAACACUGCCACUCACACAAACGAUGACCAGACCAGCUUCAUGCUGGACCACUACCAGGGCCUCAGGACCCAGCGGGCAGGCUCCUUCUCCUCCACAGCUAUGGACAUAUUAGAGGAAGCAGGGAUCAGCACUCCCAUCGAGGGGGAGUGGAGUUACCCCCACCCGGACCCUCCGCGCUCACAGGACUUCAGCCCUGAGCCGAGCAGAGAGGCCGAGAGCAGCCUCGGAUGCCCCAGCUACACCAGCAUGGCCACCUGUGAGAGCAGCUACUCUGACAAACCGCCGUCGGAGAAAGCUGACACUGUCUCUCACUACUCUGUAGACACUGAAGGCUACUACACCUCCAUGCACUUUGACUGUGGCCUAAAAGGCAGCAAAAGCUUCACUUAUAACUAUGCAGCUCCCGGCUCUGAUUGUAGCCUGUCUGACUUAAGCAGUCACAUGACUCUGGGGAGACGCUGCCUCUCUUUAAGAAAACCAAAGGUGAAGCCGUCUCCGCCUAAGAGGAGUUCAUCCUUGAGAAAAAUAUGCAGUGAGGGAAACAUCCCUGACAAGAAAGAACCAAAGAUUACCUGCGGGCAGCAACUUCCACUGUCUUCCAAGGAGAGGAAACUGCAGCUGGUUUUGUCUGGCUCUCCAGGUCAUUUAGAAAACUCGUCACUAGUCAGAGAGCCCCUUGUGGUCUGGGGCGUUGAGGGCUCAGCCGAUCUACCUGACCUAGGCGUGUUUAGCUCAACGGAUGCACAUUCAUUUAAGGAUGAGGGGGUUGUGCAGUCUGACUAUGCAGAUCUGUGGCUCCUGAAUGAUUUAAAAUCCAGCGAUCCUUACCGAUCUUUGUCAAACUCCAGUACAGCGACAGGCACAACUGUUAUCGAAUGCAUCAAGUCACAGGAGAGCUCUGAGUCUCAGACAUCCCAGUCUGGCUCCAGAGCCACCACCCCCUCACUUCCAUCAGUGGAGGGAGACUUCAAGCUAACGUCUCCAGAGAAGCUGGCGGGCCUGGCCAGCCCAUCCAGCGGCUACUCCAGUCAGUCAGAAACCCCCACCUCCUCAUUCCCCUCUGCCUUCUUUCCUGGACCGCUGUCACCGUCCAGCGGCAAGAGGAAGCCCAAAGUCCCGGAGAGGAAGUCGUCUCUUUCGUCGCUGUCACUGCAGUCGCUCUCCUGCAGGGAUGGAGCCACCUCGAAGAGAGACCUGGAGCUGCCGAUAAUCCCUCCCUCACACCUCGACUUAAGUGCCCUUCAUGGUGUCGGCAACAAGGCUACGGCUUACAGGACCCAGAUUCAAGUCCUUCAUCAGAACAAACAAAAAGCUGCAGUGGCAGCCAAACCUGUAGCGCCGCCUAACCCAGAGGUGUUUAACGCCCAUCCCAUGUCCAUCACACCCACAGUGCUGCACUCAGUACAGCUCCGGUCCAUCAGUAAGGAUCGUGAAGGAAAACAUGAGGAGAGAACAACUUCCAGACUCAAAUGUCCCACUCUAAAUUUAACUAGCACACUCCCCAGUUGUAAAUCCUUAGAGCUUAAGAGUCCCCCGUUAUACAACUCACAUUCACAUCACACAUCCUCGAAGGGGUCGUGUGAAUCAAUGUUUACCUCAACUGAAGGGUUUGCAGAUGGAGAAGCAGCAUGUCGGAGUGAGACGAGGAACAGGCAAGAGGCUCCUUUAGAGAGCAUGACAGCAUUCAGACUGCAGUCAGAGCCGUCAUUGGACAUCCCCAAGAGUACCACUAGCCAUGAAGGAGAGACGUGCAGAGAGUCAGUAGAAACACCUGUCUACUCUGGAGACUGCAGCUCGCAGUCGGAGCCUUCACAGCAGCUAAGAACCGAGCCGUCUGAAGAGGAAGAACCGUGCGCUCUCUCUGUUCUGCAAAGUUCACCCAAGAGAUCCAACAGUCUUGAUAAAGUGCCUGCUACUGACGGCCAAUCAGAGGCAUUGCAAGGGAGUUCAAUCAGUAAUGAAGGUAGCACAGAAGUGGAAUAUGAGUCAUCAGGUGUUUCAGCCGAAAGUGCCUCUCAGGACGGCAAGGAGGAGUUCACCGCAGAGACAGAGGAUUACUUCAGUAAAGACUCUACACCCAGUGAUAAUGCAGUGUCCCCUCUGAGUGAUGAGUCGAGGCCGGAGGAUGACCGUGUGUUCCUGUCGCCCACCAAAACUCGGACCACUGAGGAUCUGUUUGCAAUGAUACACAGGUCCAAAAGGAAAGUGUUGGGCAGGAAGGAUUCCACUGAGUUGGGUGGGAGGAACCGCCUCAGCGCUGCAUCAGGGAACACACCACCCAGCAGCACUGUGAGUUCCCCAGUGUCGCUGGUGUCACCCUCCUCUGCCAUGACCCCCCCAAGGGUCACCGGGCCCAUAUACAGAAACGCAAAGAAGUCCAGCACCUCCAACGAGGAGUUCAAACUGCUGCUGCUCAAAAAGGGCAGCCGCUCGGACUCAAGUUACCGCAUGUCUGCUACGGAGAUCCUCAAGAGCCCCAUCACCCCUAAAUCUCCUGGAGACUCCCUGACCGAGUCGCCCAGACAGCCCGAAGAGCCCGCCUCCCCACUGCAACAACAGCAGCAUCCAUCAGGACCAGAUCAGCUCUCCAGCCCGUACCCCAGAGCCAACGCUGAGGGCUUCUCCCCAAAAUCCUUCCCCACAUCUGCUUCUUCGAGGCAGGGCCGCUCCAGAAUCCCCCCGCCUGCCAACAGCAGCCGCUACGGCAUGCGCGGCAGACUGUUCUCGGCGCCCAUGCAGGCGAUCUCUGAGGGCGAGACAGAGAACUCAGACGGAAGCCCUCAUGACGACCGCUCAUCACAGGGCUCCACGUAGAAAGAAAAAAGUACAUGUGUCAAAACGUAUGAAAUUAUUUUGUUAGUUUACAGUAAGAACACAUGGACCAGAGUGAGUUUUAAUAUAUAUGAGAUGUGGCGAGGACAGUAGUAUUGAUGAAGUUAAUGUGGUAUUCAGAAACCAUUUUGUUAAUAAUCAUAAAUUUAAGUUUCAUAUCUGUUUACUUUUGGUUAGUAUUCUGUGGAUACAAUUUUACAUGUGUUCAGAAAUGUUUUAUACAUACAGUAUGUCUAAGAAAUAUCCUUAUGAUACAGACACUUAGAAAACAGGAGACCAGAUUAUUUAGCAUUCUGUAGAAACAUAUGACUGAUUAAUAAAAAUGAUGAGCAGGACAUUAUUCCGGUUCAGUUUCACAGAAACAAACAGGCUGACGUGGUUCUAAAAUAAAAAAAUAAAUCAUUAUUAGGUUAGUACCUAAAGCCAUGUACCUUCCUUCAGCCCUAUUACAGUAUAUUAAUGAUAAAUCUUAACUGUUCUGCUGUCAGAUCUUUCUCUCAGUUAACAGUUUGUAUCAGUAUCUUGUAAAAGUAGAGAAAUAUAUUGGAUUAACUGUUUGUAUUCUGUGAAUACCUAUGCAAUUACACACAAUUUUUUACAUUUCUUCAAGCCAGUUUUUCCAAUCAUUUUAAUACCCCCCUCCCCAACUGAACAUCAGGACUAACACUGUGUGAGAAGCAGCAGUGGGAAAAAAAAUGUGAAGCCUCAAUGCAUCGAUUCAUAUUGAUGUGUUUGUAUAUUUUACUCAGUCUUUUUAAAAGCAUAUUGUAAAUUAUGUCAAAGAAAGCUUACUAUCACAACAUUUUAAAAUUCUCAUGCAAUAAGACGAGUAACUAGAGGCGAGAUGGGAAAUGUCAAAGCCAAGCACUAACUUGACAAUCUUAGGAGACAAGACGGGAGCAGGUGUUAACAUGGGAGAAGAAAAAGUGAUCAAAAAGUUGGAGGUAGUGAAAUAGGAGAGCUGUAAAAGAAUGAGGAGGUCGUAUGUUUUUAAAAAAAAAACGUAAUAAUGGUAAUUUCUGGUUUGCUGACUUGGCGUGUUUACGAAUUGUUGAAAGGGGCAAGUGGAAAGUGUUCAGGAGGAUCUAAUAUGCCUUAUUUUGCUCAUCAAGAGAGACAAUAAGUGACAAAGCAGCUUGGGCCUCAGCAAGUUGAGUGUUUUUGUGAGAUUUUUCAAUUUUUGAUGGAGGAUGUAAAGUUAAAUUUGGAGCCAGGUUAUCUUCUGUGAGAACAAGUUCUGGAUUUGGGGAGGUGGCAUUUGCUGCUGUUUUGUACCAAAUGCUCCUCUAUUUUAUUCCCCAUCAAAAUCUAACCUGCCCAUGGUUUCAUAUUUUCUGUGUCACAGCAAUUUAAAUAUAUUUAUUUUUAUAACUGACACACAAAAUCUCUGUACGCUCCCCUAUUUGGUUUACAUCUUUAGAUAACUUAAAACUGAAACCUUUGGAUGGAAGUAUGCAAUGAAUUGCUGGUAUUAUUAAUAACAUAUUUUAUUAGAUUACUUAUUUUGUUUAUAAGAGACACAUUUUAAAUCUUAUUUCAGACACUGGUUGCAGAGACAAAUAGGAAAGCAACUCAUUACUGUCAUUGAAAGAUGGCACGAACAGUCAUAAGCUACAAGUAAGGUUUUAGUUGUAACCCUGUCACACAUAUUCACAAUAAUGUUAUAAGUACAAGGUGUUUAUUGCAGUGAUGGUACUCAACCAUUAUGCAAAAAUGACUAAAAGUCAAUGUAGUCAUAUUGCCCUACAUUUGGAAGACUGUUCUUCUAUAUAGGUACACUGUAAAUAUCAACAAAAUUUUGGCCUUAAUGAUCCUCCAUACUAAUGAAAUGUCAUAUAACAGGGUACAUAAUGGGUUAUGUCUGUGAACCUUCAUUCCAACCUUUUUAUUUUUCAUUCUUUUUGUUUUUUUGCACUGAUAAAGUGAUGUUUGUGAAGUUUCAUUUGUCUCUUGCUGUACCUGGAGAUAUUUAUAGACUUUUACAUGGAGCUGUUUCCUUGAAUAAUAUUCACACUCUGAGUACUCUUUAGGAGUGGAGUAGAUGCUUCUGCCAAAGGCUAGAAACAUGCACGUUAGUGGCAUCAAACUGUUUUUCUCUUCUCGUUUACUUGACUGAGACGCUCUUGAAAAACAUAAAACCGAUACUAAAGAAGAAUUACAGCGUAACUUAUGGUACUAGACUCAUUUUACUUCAGAUCAACCUCUAUAUACUGUAGGUAUCAGCUUUGUAUUUUUUUGUACAAACUUGUAAAUACAAUAACUUUUGGAAUUGUCACAAAGGUUGUUGAAUUGUUUCUUAUGUAAAAAAAAUGUUUUCAAAGUUUACAUUAAUUUCAAACCUUUGUAUAUUUUUGAGCUGUGGAACACUUUGUCUUGUAUUUAUUUUUUAGUAAGCAUUGUGGAAAUCCCAUAGUAAAUCCUAUCAAAGCCAAGUGCUAGCACAACAGGCUGCUUAGCAAAUGUGUAUAAAAGACAAAUAAAUGUGACUGCUUGGAAAAUGGU